AUGGCGGCAGCGGCGGCGACUGCUGCGACGAAGGGGAAUGGAGGCGGGGGCGGCGGCGGCGGCCGGGCCGGGGCCGGAGAAGCCAGCGGCACGCGGAAGAAGAAGGGCCCGGGGCCUCUGGCCACAGCGUACCUGGUCAUCUACAAUGUGGUGAUGACUGCGGGGUGGCUGGUUAUAGCAGUUGGUCUGGUCAGAGCAUACCUGGCUACGGGUAGUUACCAUAGCCUUUAUUAUUCAAUUGAAAAGCCUUUGAAAUUCUUCCAGACUGGAGCCUUAUUGGAGAUUUUACAUUGUGCUAUAGGAAUUGUUCCAUCCUCUGUUGUCCUGACUUCUUUCCAGGUGAUGUCAAGAGUUUUUCUAAUAUGGGCAGUAACACAUAGUGUCAAAGAGGUACAGAGUGAAGACAGUGUCCUCCUGUUCGUUAUUGCCUGGACCAUCACGGAGAUUAUCCGUUACUCCUUUUAUACAUUCAGUCUAUUAAACCAUCUGCCUUACCUCAUCAAAUGGGCCAGGUAUACACUUUUCAUUGUGCUGUACCCGAUGGGAGUGUCUGGAGAACUGCUCACAAUAUAUGCAGCUCUGCCCUUUGUCAGACAGGCCAGCCUGUACUCCAUCAGUUUGCCUAACAAAUACAAUUUCUCCUUUGACUACUAUGCAUUCCUAAUUCUGAUAAUGAUCUCCUACAUUCCAAUUUUUCCCCAGUUAUACUUCCAUAUGAUACACCAGAGAAGAAAGAUCCUCUCUUAUAUUGAAGAACAUAAGAAAUUUGAAUAGUUCCUGCUUUCUGCACCUGCCCCCCCAAACAAACUUUUCAAUGAUCAAAAAAUGCUGCAGACUUUUUGAGUUCCCAAUACGUUUCGUAGAAAAUAAGUAAGAACUAUUUUUAAAAUAUUAAAAAAACAAAAAACAGAAAUCCAGUGUCACAUGGGCCUGGGAUUUUAUUUUAAAAGGUUGUCACAUAAAACAUUCUGGCCGGUCCAUUGCAGCAUGCUCUUUCAACCAGAACUUACUAAUAUUUAUGAUGGUGUUAGAAAGGGAUUUGGCAUUUUAUAUUCCUUCUGUCCUUCAUGUAUCUGAUAAAGAUCUGUAACACUAAAUACCUGAGAGUUACAGUCUGAGUAAUGAAGUUGUACCAACUGAAUGCCCAGCUUGCGAUAGAGUUAUGUUGCAGUCUGCAGUGUGUUUAGCAUUCCCUUUUCAAAGUGCUUGACUGCAUGCUGGAAACUAUUUGUAUUUUUGAAGUGGCAAACUUUGUUCUCUGGAAUGCUCUGAAGUUGUGGCUGGGACCUAUCCCCUCACAUCUAGUGAAUGAAGUAUAAAAUGUAUAUGCCUGUGAAGCUUUGGGGUAGUGCCGUAAUCAGAAAACAACUAGAACCCUGUUGUUAUUUUUUUUUCAAUUGAGUCAUUGCUGCCUGCCACUAAGAAACAUGCUUGAAUUUAAUGAGUAUGUGUAUAUUGUGAGGAACCUACCUUAUCUGGAGCUCAACCUCCAUCAUAUGUUAACAAAAUAACAGUUCUCAGAGAGGGAAAGCUCAGCAGCUAGUGACAAGUACUUUUCAUAGUACUGUUCUCAGAACACCUCUGGCUGAUGGAUUUGCCAAUAGCUAUUCUCCUUUAUGGACCUGAAGCCAAUCCAGUCACUAGGAGCAGGGAAUCUGUUAUUGAAAGCACAUGGAAGGUGUUGCUUUAGAAAUAUCCAGAAAAACAUUCAGGAAUAGGUUUUAACACCAUUAUUAUUUUACUUUUUAAUUUUCAUAUACUCUUCUGUUAUGACACUUUUCCUAACAGUGAUCCUAUGUUAAUUCCAAGCUGUAAGUCCAAACUCAGUAAAAUGUUCCAGUUGGGCAGUCAUGAGCUAAAAGCAAUAUCAUCUCCACGUGUUGUAGGAGCCAAGAGAUAGUUUGGCCCUAUGGACAUUGUCUAAUUAACAUAAUAUCUUCAUACCAUUUAAUUGCUCAACUGUGCAUUUAAAACCCUUUAAGAAAGGGUUGGAUGAAAAUGUAUAGCACAAGUUUAGAUGUGCAUCAGGUUUUAAACACAGUACCUUCUUUAUGGAACCUUUCACCCCGCACCCCCCUUUUUUUGGUUGAACCUUAAGACUUUAAAAUUCUAGCUUACUGAGUAGUUGUAAUUGAAAAUAUAAUUGCUAAUAUCAGAAGAAUGUCAUAAUGGAAAAUCAAAUUUGCUUAUUUUCAUAGACAUUUGAAAAUUUAAUGCAGGCAGGUGUAUAAUAAAUUAUUUUUGAAUUGAACAUUAAA